UGCUGAAACCCGUCGUAACAUCUAUACACCAAUUCUCCGACAACUACACGUAUCAACACCCUCCCAACCGCCGACACUCAAUAACUUCUCGUCCCUCGACACCCGAAUACCAUCAUCACCACAAACAAGAAGAAGGAAAAAGAGAAGGAAGACCCAGACAUCACCACCAAGUGAGGUCAGGAUACCAGAACAACGCAGACAUCAUGGUCGCCGCUAUACCCCCAAACACCCCCGUUAUUCCUCCGCUACAACGACGAUACUCGAUUUCCGGCAAGACACCGCUAGAAGACCUGGGAUCUGUCAAGUCACCGCUGCAGGCACUGGAUACAAACGUGCAGUCUCCGAGUUGCGGCCUAUGUGACUCCAGCAGCAGCGGAGGUGCAGGAGAGAAUGCAGUACGAACUUCUGCGAAACGCUCCGCCAUGCAAUUACCCUCGCCCAACACGCCCGCACCACAGGAGCUCCCAACCAAGAUUGCCAGAUUAGGCCUCGACCAGGAUGAUAUGGAUCUCAGCGGAGGAGAAGAGAGCUGCGUCACCGACCCUCUGCCUGACGAGCGUGAGUGGGUGGAAGACGACAUCAUGAACAUGGACCAGGAUUUCCUCUCAAUCUCCCCUUCCAGCACGAGCUCCCCCGCAGAUUGUGAUUGCGAGUGUGACCACGCGAUCUCACCGAGCGACUCAGCUACAGCGUUGCCGACAUCCACGAUACCGAGCCCACCCUUGGCUUUCACCCCAUGUGAGAUGGACAUACAACAUCCGACAUUCCUGACCCUUCCGCCCGAAAUCCGUCACCAGAUCUACCUCCACCUCCCCGACCUCGUCCUCCCGCAUCCGCUCAUCUACUGCCUCUCCACAUUCGCCAACAAGAAGUCCCAUCCCUUGGCUUCCGUCUCCUCACAGAUCCGCGCCGAGGCCCUGGCCAUCUUCUACACGUACAACAUCUGGACCAUCAAACUGGAGUUUAAGAUCAUGUACGAUGCAUUCCAGGAAUGGAUAUGCAGACUAGGCGACAGUGCACGAGAUUUGAGAGUAGUCAUCAUAGCCGUACGAGGGAGGAUGUUCAAGCCGUGGACCCGGCACGGCCGUGGCAGUAAUUUGAUCAGCGUAGGAAACCAGCAACAACAACAAACCAUACUCCCCUCAAACCAAGCAACGGCCAUAAACAUGGCACUCGGCACCGGCAGCGCCUCGACGGCAGCAGGUGCAGGACCAGCAGGGCCCAUGACAAUCCUCCCGUCCAACACCUCCAUGAUCGCAUCACCCUUACUCCCACCCGUUCCGCCUGUCACACAGGCUACGCCACACCCAUACUCCCCUCCAGACGGCGACGCAUCCUUCCGCAUCGACCUCAGCGAGAAGUGGGCCGGCGGGCGGGUGGAGCUCCUCCGCAACGACGGGACGGCUGCAUCGGGCGAACUGGCGAGGUUCCAGCUGUCGAAGCUCGUCGUCGGGAUCUGGGAGAAGAGGCAGGCGGGGACGCUCAACGGACAGGACUGGGUCAACCUCGUGGAUCGGUUCCUGGCGUUGACGGGGGGUGGGUCUUGGUAGACAAACCACCCCUUCCAUCUCUUGUCACGACUAUCGGGGUAUCCGUCCGACUUCCAACGGCUAGCACGACUGGCAAGCACA